ACCAAGAUGGUCAAGUGGUCCAUCAUCGAAUACUGCGGUUUGACCGAGAAGUCAUCGUGCGGCUACUGUAAAAACGCCGGACAUAAAGCGUCGUUAGGUACGGGGAAUGGAGUAGACGACACGGAUGAGGGUGACUCGGUGUCGUUUGGUAGGUGA